CGCAAAGGCUAGCUGAUAAAUCUGCGAGAUGCGUUCUGUUCACUCGUUUAUUUUUCGCGCGAUUAAUAACUGAAAAUAUCGACUGUCAUGAAAAGUCUAACUUGGGUUCAGGAAAAUCAGACGAAUCCAUGCGGAAAAUUGAAAUAACGUGGAAAAGAAUAGAAAAUAAGUGAAGUUAGUGCAAAAGUGAAAUCCAGUGGUCUAAUCGAGCCUCGCGAAACUGAUAUUAAAGUUUCGAUUUCUUUGAUUUAAUUAAUUUUAAUGUUGUUCUUUAAGUAAAGAAUUUAUAUUAAUUAAUCUAUCUUGGAAGUAGUAAAAAGAUAAUAGAUCGAAAUGCUCUGAUUAGAUCAGAGUCGGCGAAAAGUGAGAUAAUAUCGAUAAGAAUCAUCGCACGUGCGAGAUACGUUCGAAAAAAAUGACGUUGAAGAAGGAAACGAAGAGAUCCUCGAAAAAAGUGGCCAAAUUGAACCACAAAACGACGAAUUGCAUUGACGAGAGUGCAAAUGUGCUGCAGCAGGAAAAUCUCGCGAAGGAAUGCAAACAGGAAGCAGAGUGUCAAAAAUCCUCUGGCGUUAAGAGACCGGCAUUGAAGGAAAGCUCGUCGAAGGAUGUUGACAGCUCGAGCGGGAAGCUCGAACGGCGCGCAUCGUUCCGUCGGAAAUUCGGCGCGCUGUUAAAAGGGAGCGCCGAUUUACCGGCGGUGAUAAAUCGCGGUCUGCAGCCGAUUAGACGCAGCUUGAGCUUCAGCAAAGAUCUUCAUCGCAGCCACGAGUCCUCGAAGCAGCCCUACAGGACCAACAGUAUGCAGUGGUAUAACAGUCUCAGCUCGCUGGCGGAGGACGAGCGCGUCGAUGUGGUCGACGCUGAUUAUAAGAACGCGGGCGUCUCUGAACAUGAUGUCUUCGACGGCAGGAUGCAAGUUACUAGGACGCGCAGUUUGAUGGAAAAGAAUCCUGCAACGAAUCUUAGACGAAGAGUGAAUACUCUCUCGCAUCCGGCGGCACCUCCUUAUGGACGAUACAGCGAUUAUUACCACUCCAGUAUAGAUCUAACUAAUCCACCAUACGAAGCGAGUAGUCUUCCGGCUCUGAGUCGCGCUGUCAUUGACGUAGAUGACAUCGAAACGAGACUGUCGCUAGAGCAACAGGUCAGGAACGAACGGGAAAACUUGAGAUCCAGCGUUCGAAAGUUAUCUCCUCUGGGAAAUUUCAUCAAGCAACAUUUGGUGCGCUCGAGAUCGCUGACCCAGCUGGAUGCUCUCAGCAGCAGUAUGUUGGACACGGGGGAACAUCAUCUGGAGAGUGAUUCCUCGCAGCAGCAACCCCAUCAUCUGCACCACCAUCAACAACCCCAUCAGCUGCAACAUCACCCCCUCAGUAUCGAGUGCAAUCGGAUUCGAUUUCUCGCGCCAGGCGCAGCAUCCGUCGAGAUUGUGCACCCCAAUCGUACCAAGCACAAACUUUCGCGAUCUCAGGUGUCCAGUAACGAAUACUUCAGUGUCAGUUUCGAGGUGGGCGACGACAUCGCCGCACCUUCCUUCGAACGCGAGGAGUUUCUGCCAGCUACGAGGGGAACUUACCUGGUGGAUGUACUGAAUCCGGUCUGUGAGCGUCGCGGCAUCGAUUUAUCGCGCGUCGAAGUUCUGGAUAGCUCAUCGACGCCGUUAUCUCUGCUGACAACGGACGCUUCUACACUUGGUGGAAAGCAUCUACGAGUAACUUUUAAGGAUGAAAGAUUGAAUUCUCGAACGUCGAGUCAAAGAGGAAACCAGAAUGUGCCAUUGCGGAAAACCAGUGGAAAUUAUCGAGGUCGAAGCGGUCGUUUCUUCAGCGUUUCCACCGAAGAUACGAACGUCGAUUCCGAGGUUGGCGGUACCUGCACGANGCUCGCUGCUGGACGGAGUUCCGCUGGGGCUGCGGGACUCAAAACCAGUAAGCAGCGCUGGAGCGGGUUCUUCACCAACACCAAGGGUAUCAAGAUGGACCUCUUAACUGCCCAAUUGGACGAGUACAACAAACACGGCGUGCCGAAACCCGCGAAUAUUCAUUUUCAAUGUGAUCAUACGAUCAACGAAGAAGCGUUCUAUAGUUUAGAAGAUGACUGGCGCAACAUCGUCGAGAAUUCUCACCUACUCUCGGAGAAACAAACACAGCAACAAACCGCUCUCUGGGAGUUGGCCGAAACCGAAGUGGCUUACAUUAAAACGUUAAAGGUCGUAACCGAUCUCUUCAUGGCGUGCCUCUGUAGCCUGCAGGCCUCGAAUAUCCUGAACGAGGUCGACAGGUCAAAGCUCUUCAGCAAUAUACCUGAUAUCUACGCCGCUAAUCGCUACUUCUGGACCGAGUAUCUGCUCACGAUGGUGAAUACGUCGAGAUCGAGCGGACAACCGCUCGAUCCCGGUCAUCUUCUGCUGGGCUUCGAAACUUUCGAGCAGACGUUCGCGCCUUACACGAGAUACUGCGCCGAGCAAAGCAAGUGUCAGCAAUAUUGUAAGGACCGACUGAAUGAUAACCAGCUUUUCACGGCGUAUCUGGUGUGGUGCGAAACGCAAAAAGACUGCAACCGACUGAAACUUAUGGACAUACUAGUGAUGCCGAUGCAGAGGCUGACUAGAUAUUCGCUUCUGCUCAAAGCCGUUUAUAAAAAUACAGAGAACGAGGAGCAACGUGCGGAAUUAGUCCAUAUGAUCAAGUCUGUCGACGGUUUCGUGGCGUCCGUGAACGCGGCCCUAAGGAGAAACGAGGAGGCUGCUCAGCUGGACAGCGCAGCCUCCCGUCUAGAAAGUUACGACGUCGUGGAAUCUAAAGGGCUCGAUGAGGAAGUGGAGAAACUGAUAAAACUAUACAGCAAUAUCGACAUUACCACGGUGCCGAUGCCCGGGUGCCCGAAGGACAGCUUGAGAACCCUUCUUCGAGAAGGGGAUUUGAAACUAAGAGAUGCUACCAGCAAGAUGGAAGUGCAUGUACUAUUAUUGACGGACAUGCUGUUGAUUUGCAAACCUACAACGAAAAAAAUGUUCAAGAUCAUUAGGCAACCGUAUGUUGUCGACCGCAUACGAAUACACGAGGUCAAAGAACCGUCCAGUCUGGGAUUGGUUUAUCUUAACGAAUACGGGACAGUUUCGGCCGCUUUAAUCCUUAGCGCCGGUGACCCGAAACUAGCCAAGUCAUGGAUGGAAUCCUUGAGACACGCCAAACAACAAUUCGCAUUGAUGAAAGUACCGUCGCUCGGUACCGAGCCAGCAAUGAAUCUGGCAACUGUCAGCAGGCAACCAAGUACAUUGGGCGAUGGCGAUUUCGAGGUAGAAGAGUGCGAAGGGAACUUUCCAAGAACUCCGCGUGGUAGUAGCAGAGCCUCGCAUGUUAGCAGUCUCGCUCAUAGCCAUAGCGGUAGUAUGGAGAUGGAAGGCGUGUCUCCGGGAAGCAGCAGCUUUCUUCCCAGUUAUAAUCCGAGCAGAAACGUCAGCGUGGAAACAAACGAACAACCGCGAGCAUCGAGUUCAUUGUCAUCGGAGGAGGGUGGCGAAUCUAGUUCCGGGCAUAAUCAUAGAUUGCACAUAAGACGUUCGUUAUUGGGUAAAUCCCCGACGCCGAACACGUUGAGUGUCCAAGUACCGUAUUCGAGUCUGGGUCAAUCGCUACCCAAUUUGACGCUGGCCACCUCACCACAAACUUCCACUGUGUCGCCGACACCACCGAAUUCAUUGCUCAUCGUGCCGCAGAUGACAAAGAGCAAGGAUACUCUGCUCUCACCAGGACACCGAGGUAGUAUAUCCUACCCACCGCCGUCGCCACCACGAGGUGCUCUUAGACGAGCGUUUGCGUUACCGCAAUCCCGAAAUCCGCCUUUGAUCAAAACAAGGCAUGUGAAUGCAUCCCUGACACAACCGGUGAUGCAGGCAACCACGAUAAGCAACUCCGACACCGAAGUUAUCGAGGAAAGACGGAGAAGGUUAGAUCCUUCGCAGAGAAUGCCGUCGACGAGUAGCGUCGUCGAAGAAAAGAAAUGACCUGCGAAUUGACCUGCAAGAAGAAUUUCCCAAAGAAUGUAUGGUAUGGACAACACCGCCGACAUAGAUGUACGUGAUAUGUAAAGCUCGACGUGGAUAUACGUGAUAUAUAAUGCUCGACGAGAUGCAUUCUUCUCUUUGACUCUAUGUGUGAGUGCUGCACACACUUUCGCAUAGAAAAAAAAAUUCGGGGAGCAUUGAUCUUCGAGGAUUGAUUGUCUCGCACUCUCUGGAAUUCUAUCUGGAAACGUAUCAAGCAAUUUUACAAUCGAUUGGGGCCAUUCGAAAUCAACGUGAAGUUUGUACCACGACCGUAUUGCUACUUUAUCUCGUUAUCCUUGUAUAGUAGAUGUUUCUUUAUAAUAUUUAUCCAAGUCCGAAUUGUCUAUGUUUAAUAUUGCAUCGCGGUGUUGGACAGUCGCAUGCAAUAUUCAACAUUCAGACGAUUUAGACUUUUAAGCGACGAACAAAAAGGCCUACUUAGCAUAUAUAAUUACAUUAAGAUUACAUAGUGAGUGUGUAGGGCCGUCGUUGACAUUUAAGACGCCUUUAUAAAAGAAUUUAUUUAAUAUUUUAGCGAAGAAAAAUUUUUUUAGAAGAUAAGAAAUUGAUAUUUAUCAAAAUCAUGGAAAUACAUUUGGCGCAUCUAAUAUUUUCUAAUGAUGAAAGAAAGAAUUUCAAGUACAAUUGCCUUUUUCAGGUUCAACGAAUAAAUUAGUGAAGUAACAAUAAAGUAUAGGAAGAUGUCAAAAUAUUUUAAGAUAAAAGAAAUUUAAAACCACUUUAUUCUUGUGUUUAUUCUAAAAAAGAAAAAAAAAACAUUUUAGAUUUAAAUUCGACGUUUGAGGACACCCUUCUCUGAAACUGUUAUUGAAUAGAAUAAUAUGAUAUCAUACUUGUUUGCGAAAGUUUGAAUGAGGAUCUUGAGUUUAGUCGAAAGAAAAGUAAAUUCUAUAAAACAUUAUUUGUAACACAUAUAAUAUUUCAAUUUUUUUAAACUUAAAACUAUCCUUUCUUCCUUCGUGAUGAAACGCUUUUAUGCAAUGCACAAUUUGCACAUUGUUUUGCGGCGGCUCUGAUGGAUGUUAGAACUUAACGAUUUAAAAACGGAUAAGUGAAAAGUAAUAAACCUUUCGAGAAAGAUUUUACUUGAAACAAUCUUGAACGUAACAAAUGAUUGAACAGAAUAUGCAUUAUGAAGAAUAUCCGUAUGAAGUGUAAAUAACAAAUGUAAAAGAGGAAUUUAAAUCAUAUUCAAAAUAUUGCCAUGCAUAUCCAAUAGCAGCGUAACAUGCAGAUACAGUAACCGAUCGGAAUUUAUUUAACACUUCGAAAUGAGAGUAACAGCAUGUUAUGGUCAAUUAGAGGGGAGACCAUUAGAAAAACUACCACGUUCUUUUUACAUUUGACUAUGUAUACUCUUUACUUAUAAACUCGCAUUCCAUUUAGUCAUUUCGUUACAUUCAUGAAAAAGAUUCGAUAACUAUGUCAAAGUAUGUGUCGUCAACAUGUCGUCAACGUGUGUGGUCGAAGAUUAUGAAAAAUGAGCUAUAACGAAUCGUAAACGUUGCGUUAUUUCCUACAAGCAAAAUUUGAUGAGCGACAGGACGAAGGAACGAAAAGAUGGAAAAACAUUGAAGGGAUAUUUAUUUUAAGUACAAAUCCAACUGGAAGAUUUUGUUCUAAGAUGAAAAAAUUGAUUUCAGGACCGAUUCUUGAAAUGCGUUACUAAUUGGAUGGUGUAUUCAAAAAAUAAAUAUCAGCUAUUUAGAGAUAACAUUAAAUACAAUAAUGCCAUCUAUAUAAAGAUAACAUUAUGUAGAAAAGAAAGAAAGAGAGAGAGAGACAGGAAAAGAUAGAGCAAUGAUUUUAUACGAGCUCCUGUUGUCCGGUUCCUCUCGUUCCCUCGAUUCGUAUUAUUUGCCCUUAAGUUUGAAGUAUUAAUUACUUCCAUAAAAAUACGAAUCGUAUGUAUGUACAAUUAUAAUCGAGAUUAAAAUAUAAUACAUAAUUUAUUAA